AUGGAUAACGAAAGCUUUUGGUUUUUAGAUGUGGACGAUGAAGGAUAUGAAAAGGGGAACAAGUACGAUAAGACACUGUCGAACAUGUCGUCACCUGAAGUUGUGAGCACAGGAUACGAGUCGUCACUAGAAUGGAGCGCAGAUUCGAAGUAUAGUUUGCGGAGAAGCAACAGCAGCAGUAGCUCGAAAAUAUAUAGAUCGAGCUCGAGUGAGACCCUGGGACCAUUCGUGGAUGACACGGCGCUGGAGGUGGGAGAGGAGAUAGUGGUGCCAAUAAACAGUAGCAACAGCAAGUUGGUGGGUUUCGGAAACACAGUGAGUAGCAGUGAGACCGGCACGCUGCUGGGAUUCGGGAAUGGAGGGCCGAGAACGAGUGGAAACAGUGCAGCAAGGAGGAACGUCGCAGGGGAGGAGCUGGACAUCAUGAACUACAGCAACUACCAAAAGUACAUCGGCGAGUUGAACGCAGACAUAGAGGAGUUCUCGAAGAUCAUACAGACGCUGGGCCUGUUCAAGUACUACAUCAAGAACAAGAAGAACAGCGUAAACGUACCGGAGCUGAACAAGAGGUUCAGCGCAAUAUGCACCAGCUGCUCGGAGAAGAUAAGGCAUAUCGAGCAGAAGCUGUCGAAGAUAAACUACUGCAACCACUACAUCAUGGCAAACGAAAAGAACCUGGAGUACCUGAGAAGAAGGUUUAACCUGCAGGACUCGGCAGUGAAGAAGCUGAAGAUACUUAUCGACACGUUCAACACGGUGGUGAGAGAGUACACGCACAUCUCGAAGAAGCUGCUGGUGCAGGCAGACGUAGGAGCGUACAAUGUCGCAAGCACCAUUGGUAGCAUAGGCAUGGUCAGAGGAAGUGGCACAGAGAGUGUUAGAGGCACCAAUAAAAACAACAGGCAGAGUGUUAAUGCCGAUACGGGCAUGGGGAGUGGUGACGGGAGUCCAGUUAGCAGCAUAUUUGGCAAAGAGAUAUUUGGCACAAGCAACAAUAGUCCCAAGAACAGCAGUAACAGGGGAGCAUUAGUGGCCACGAACGUUAUUGACAAUGAAGUCAGUGAUAUGGAUGACAAGAGUUUGUUGAAUGAGAUCAGCAAUAGAACGAAGGACAUACAAAUACUAGAGCAGAACGCGAGAGACCUGAAUGAGCUGUUUGCGGAGUUGAACAGCAUCAUUAAGAAGAGAGGAGAUAACAUAUCGAGUUUGGAAAAUCAAAUACUGUUAUCGUCAGAACAAAUAGACAAGGGAACAGAUUAUAUAGAAUUUGUAAUGGAAAGUGACAGAAAUAGGAAGACUUUAUAUGCAGUCGGAGGAUGUAUAGUACUGGUGGUUGGAUUGUUGGUGAUACCCUCAAAUUUGAAGAACAUUGUAUUUAAGAAACUUAUACCUUAA